GCUGCUCUGGAGACUGCGUGCGAUAAGGGAAUCUCGGGGCGUGAUUCUGCCGCGUUGUUUGCUAGUCGAGACGACGGCCAUCGAGAGCACCACGUCAAGCGCUAGGCGUAGCGUUUAGAGUCACGCCACGAUCAUGACGCAUUUCCCCGCCGCCUACAUCGAUGCAGACGCGCGCGCGCCCACGUCGCCGCGCGGCACCUACACACUCUUCUUUUACGGCACCCUUGUCCACCCAGCGAUCCUGUCCAAGAUCAUCGGGCACGCCGGUUCGACGCUUUCGAUCCAGCCGGCGAUCUUGCCGAGGCACGAGCUGCACCACGUCGUGGGCCAGGACUAUCCCGCACUGCUCACGCUGGAGCGAUCAGAGAGCGUGGCCGCAGAGGGGAAACACCUGGGUGCGGUGCGCGGGACCGUGGUGCGUGGCCUCGGUCCCGAGGAUGUGCGGCGACUGGACGCCUUUGAGGGCGACGAGUACGUGCGUGUGCGAGUGCGCAUCGUGCCCGAUCCAGAAUCGCCGGCGCUGGCCAAUGACGUGCGGCCCAGAGAUGCGCUCGCUGGCGUCCUCGCCAAGCUCGAUCCAGCGAGGGUCAAGGCGUUGCUGGCUUGCGGCGACGAUGGGGAGGAGGAGGCGCAGGCAUACCUCUGGAGAGCACCGCUGGACCUCUUGGAGGCAAGGGUGUGGGACUUUGCUGAGUUUGCAAACAGCGGCCGGACGGCUCGGUGGGUGUAAAGACCAAGAAGCAGCGAUAUCAGUGUGUCGAGAUUCUCUAGAUAAAUGGUAAUAUACAGUAAUGCAGCGA